ACUUGUUUUGCCGAAGAACAAAAGUGUCAAAAGUGUCCAAAAUGUCUGGCUUAUAACGCCUUAUCACUAAGCUCUAACAAAAAAAACAGUAAUGGCUUCUCUGAGCUUCAACCACACUAAGUUCAGAGACCAAACAACCUCACUUCCUUACAAACCCAUCUCCAAUUUCACUUCUUUUUUUCAACCCACCAAAAUUUCAUGCACCUCAACUCCUCACAAAUCAUCUUCUCCCCUAAAAACCUCAUCGAAAUUCAAAAGACUCCAUUUUCAUCUGCUCAAUUCAGUCUCUGAAAGUUCAAUUUCAUCCCCUAUUGAAGAAACUGAUACAAUUGAAGAUGACCCAACUGCAGAAAUGAGCUUUCUUGACCCGGAAACUGAACCCGAAAGCAUAAGAGAAUGGGAGCUUGAUUUCUGCUCAAGACCCAUACUUGAUAUUAGGGGUAAAAAGAUAUGGGAACUUGUUGUUUGUGAUAGUUCUUUAUCUCUCCAAUACACUAAGUAUUUCCCUAAUAAUGUUAUUAAUAGUAUCACUUUGAAGAAUGCCAUUGUUACCAUUUGUGAUGAUUUGGGUGUGCCUCUUCCUGAGAAAAUCCGAUUUUUCAGGUCUCAGUUGCAGACCAUUAUAACAAAGGCAUGCAAGGAGCUUGGAAUCAAACCUAUUCCAAGUAAAAGGUGUUUAUCAAUGCUUCUCUGGUUGGAAGAACGGUAUGAGACCAUUUACACACGUCAUCCAGGCUUUCAGAAAGGAGCUAAGCCACUUAUGGUGUUAGAUAACCCGUUUCCCAUGGAUCUUCCUGAGAAUCUAAUAGGGGAGAAAUGGGCUUUCGUACAGUUGCCUUAUUCAGCGGUUCGGGAGGAGGUAUCAUCCUUGGAGAAAAGUUUUGCAUUUGGUGCUAGUCUAGAUACGGAUUUGCUUGGGAUUGAGAUUGAUGACAAAACACUAAUUCCUGGUUUAGCUGUUGCAUCUUCACGAGCCAAACCCUUGGCAGCUUGGAUGAAUGGAUUGGAAGUCUGCUCCAUUGAAGCUGAUACUGCUAGGGCUUCCUUGGUAUUAUCUGUGGGAAUUGCAACCCGAUAUAUUUAUGCUACAUAUAAGAAAAAUCCUGUGACGACAGAAGAAACUGAGGCAUGGGAAGCAGCAAAGAAAGCUUGCGGAGGCUUACAUUUCCUUGCCAUCCAAGAGGACCUCGAUUCAGAUGACUGUGUCGGGUUCUGGCUUCUCCUAGAUUUGCCUCCACCCCCUGUAUAGUUUACCCAUAAGCCUUUUGUGUACAUCAACUUUUGGGCAUAGCUUGAGUGAGAAAUCUGCAAAUACCUUUGGGUUCUCUUAAAUGAUGUCUCUCUUUUCUUCCCUUCUAUAAAGAGGUAACUUUUUGUGAGACAAACUGCAUUUUCUGUGAGAUGAAUGGCUUCUUGUCAGCAGCAUUUCUAUAA